CCGACCGACCAACUACAAUACAACACAACGCAUAACUUUUCUAUUUACAUUUUGUGACAAACAAAAACUCAACGUGAACAGAGCAAAGUUAUCCAGUCCUUAGCUAGAUUUAUAGAAGAAUUUAAUUCAAAGUGCCAAAAAUGUGUUGUACUGUUGCGGUGACAGUGCUAUUACUGCAAGUGCUGAUAUCGCAGUGUGCGCCGGUACCUUUACUCCUGCGUCCCGACCGGCAGCGGCAGCAGGGCCAGCAGCUGCUAGACCUGCAGCAGCUGCAGCAGCUCGAGGCCCUGCAGCGGAGCGCCUGGUCGUCGCACUUAUCAAUACCACCGAUAAUAAUCCUCAUUCAAAACGCUCACACGAAGGCGACAGACGAGUCGACCGGCCAACAAACGAAACAAAACACCGCAAAAACAAACGCUAACAAAGGAAUAGUCGACGAAGAUUUGGAUUCGGUGAUCAUCGAAGCGGAUCCAGACGACGAGGAGUCGAGGCCGCAGGGGCUGCUAGUGGUACCGAGCCGCGCCAGGCUGUCCAUCGGCGACGUCAUCUCCGCUAUCCCCUUCCUGCCCAUCGAGAUCAACGUGCCAGAUACCAUCGGGUGGGCCUACAACGGCAUAGCCUCUGGCAUCUCCAGCAUCAUAUCGAUCUUCGGCCGGAUGCCGAGCGUCGGCGGUGGCGGCGGCGGCGGCGCGCAGAGCAGGCUCCAGCUGGGCGGGCUGCGGCCGGCGGGGGGCGCGCCGCUCCUCCUCCUGCCUCUACCACAACUGAUACCCAUACAUCUCCCCAUACAAGUGUGA